UAUGAGCCCAGCAGGGAGAAAAGCGCACAGAGCCCGAACAUCCAACGUGCCAAUCUCAGCGAGUUUAUACUCUCUGAUUGGAUUCUGUCUGCAGCCAGUGUUCAUGACAUGGACUGAGUGAUUUUCCGCUGCCAUACAGACUUUUACUUUGGAGAGUUUCUUUUUUUUUUUGUAGAAGUAUACCAAACAGGAACGCAUGAAUGCAGCGAUGACAGCCGAGUUUAUUUCACUUCGAAGUAUCUGAGACCCGCAUCCUCCCGCGUUGCAUCCAAUCGUUGAGCCCUUCUGGGAAGAUGCAAAGGAGUUACAGAAUGUAUUUUGCUUUCGUAACAGUGUUACUGGUUGGGGCUUUGGCCAAUAAGGACGACUGUUCCUCAGGCCAGUAUACAGCCAGCGGUGAAUGCUGCAAGCAGUGCCAGCCCGGCGAAGGCGUCAUCAAACUAUGUGGAGUCACACAGACUAUCUGCGCUCCAUGCCUUGACAGUGAAACCUUCUCAGAAAACUUCAGUCACACAGAAAAAUGUCAGCUCUGCACACAGUGCACGGGUCUACUCCGCAUGGAGACGCCCUGCACAGACUCCAAUGAUGCCACCUGUGUGUGCAACUAUGGCUACUAUCUGAACCAUCUGUCUCAAGAGUGUGAGCCCUGCACCAAAUGUCCUGAAGGCCAGGGCAUGCUGCUCAGCUGUGAGCUUGACCAUGACACGAUGUGUGAGGAGUGCAACGGGGACACGUACUCGGACCAGGAAAGUUCUCGGGAACCCUGCAUUCCCUGCACCACCUGUGAUGAAGGGGAAGUGUUAGAAGCCUGCACCUCUGUUAGUGAUACAGUCUGUCUAGUUCACUACCCCUCAGUAUCUCCCACGUCCUUUAUGAAUUCCCCCACACCCAUCUAUGAAGACUUUCCACCAGACGGCCCCCCACCAGACGGCUCCACAGCCAGUACCACCACCACCACUGAUGGUGAUUCCCGUGAGCGGAUCUACCAGGGUCUGAAUGACAAACUCAUCCCCAUCUAUUGCUCCAUCCUUGCAGCUGUUGUAGUCGGCUUCGUGGCCUUCAUUAUCUUCAAGAGGUGGAACAGCUGUAAGCAGAAUAAACAAGGAGCCAACAACUGCACAGCCAACCAGAACCAGACACCGUCACCCGAGGGGGAGAAGCUGCACAGUGACAGCGGCAUUUCUGUGGACAGCCAAAGUCUGCAGGAGCAGCAGGGCCAGACUCAGGCACAAACAGUUGUGACCAUGGAUGAGGAGCCUUGUUUGCUGCUUCCUCUCCACACCAGAGAGAAAGUGGAGAAGCUGCUGUUCAGGGGCAGUGAAGGAGACGACUGCAACCAUAUGGAGGACAGUGACUGGUGCAACCUGGCAGGCCUCCUGGGAUACGAGGAGGAGCGUAUUGCGACCUUCAGGCAGGAUGAGCAUCCAGUCCGCGCACUCUUGUCUGACUGGGCAAGCAAGGACUGCGCCAGCAUCGAUACACUGUGCACGGCGCUGCGCAAGAUCAACCGCGACGACAUCGCCCAGAGUCUGAUGCUCAGCCCAAGUGCCGCAAAGCCCACCGCCACUUCUGUAGUGUGAUUUAAGAUCACAAGUGAGCAAACCACCUGAACCUUAAUCUUAGUAUUCUUCCAUGGCCUCCCUCACUCCAGAUAAUUCAUGCUACAGCUGCUUUAAGCUAUUCCCUCCUGAAGCCAGCAGUCACUGUGAUGAUCAAACUGCAUAAGUCCUGUCAAAUUAUUUAACGUUUAUCAAACGAUAACACAGGAACAUGCCAGAUAUUACACAAAAACCCAAUGAAUAUAAGAUUUCCUACUUAAUACAAUCUACCCAAAGGAAGCCCUUCACCUUUCUAUCAGAAUGUAAUCAUUCAUUCUCAUAUUUUAAAAUCCACACAAUGUAAAGCCCAUGUGGAAGGAAAUUAACUUUACCAACUCCAUUCUCGAUGUCUGUAAUCAUUCCAUUGUGAGCCUGGAUAUCCACCUGCCUUUCCCACGCUAUUCAACAUCCAUCUUCUGACUUUACUAAAUAUGGAGCAGCAGUGGGAUUGAACUGAAGUUAUCGUGCAUACCCGGCUCUUUCAUUCCUACAACUUGAUCCCCUGCACCUUGAUUCUUAAACAUGCAUAGUCAGCGUGGCCCUUACUCGUAGCAUUCAUAAGCCAGUGUUGUAGCUCUAAAUGUUACUUUUCCAGACUACGUUACCAAAGAGGAGCUAAAGUCUCCAGAACAUACCUGACAAGUGACAUUAUUUAAAUGCCAUGUUAGACGUUGAGUUUAAGUUGACAAAUGGCUUGUGUCAGUUAUUGCUACCUACUGGAUGAGGCCCGCAUACCACAAAGUAUCUGGAUCUGCAAGUAUGACAACCUGAGGAAGGAUGCUUGGACGUGUUUCAAAUGAACCAGUUUCUCUUUAGCAAAUACAAAACUAAACUUUAAAUACUUGUAUUACAUGUAAGACAUUGAGCUGCGGCACAUGUGGAAUUGACCUUAACUUUGGCUCUUUGGCUUUGUCUUAAGUGAUUUCUGCAGACUCUUCCUUUUUCCUGACAAGUGCUAUGUAUAAGCACCGCUGACUGGAGUUUGCCAACUAGGUGGUCUGUGGGGCAGGUCGCUGACCAAGGCAACAUGACUCCAUUCUAUGUGUUCAAGCCUAUCUGCAUAACACAGGAGCUCCCACACAGACUCCUCCAUACUGACCCAGAAAGGGAAAGACAUGGAAUUUGAAACUCAUGUAACAAUCAUGUAUACUAUAUGUACAUAGGCGGACAAGUGCGCAUACCAACUAGACACACACACAUACUGUACAUACACACACAUGCCUACAGUAUGUAACUAUGCAUGUAUGUUCGAUACAAACACACACACAGGUUAUUAUGCAUUUACAUUCUCGUACAUUGUAGGAGACACUGAAAACUUCAGAUCCUGCCAUAUAUUGUAUGGCACACUCUCAUGAGGGGACCAUAUACUGUUAUAUCUUAUUAUUAGCCAAUAUAAGGUAACUCUGUGUCUUAAAAAAUACUAUAUGUCUAAAAACCAUAUGAUUUGCAAGGAGAAAUGCUACAUUAACAGGAAACAGCACGCAGAAACUAGCAACACAUUGUCAGCCGGUGCCCAAAUUCCAAAACAAAACAAAUGCACGUACUGUACAGAUCAAUAUGAUCAGGAUGCAAAACAAAAAUCCAGGGUUUUCUAUCUUUUUUGCUUAAUUUCUCAGGGUAUCUUGAAUGAUUGUGUUACUACAUCAAUACAACACUUGCACCCUCUAAUUAACCAAGCAAUCUAUAGUUGUUCAAACAGAGAUGCUGUAUUUAUCCAAAGCAGUGAUUCUUUGCGACUGACAAUCUUUCAAACAGAUGAACAAGAGAGGGAAAUGGGCCAAAGUGAGAAGGAAGGGUGUCUUGUUUCCUCAUUGUUUGCAACAAAGACCUUAAGAUAAAAAGAAAAGUCAAUAGAGACAUAAGUCAAAGGAUGUGGGAUGAAUUCAGACCGGGGGAGAGCGGAAAAGAGCGGAUCUGAAAUGUAAAGUUUUGGAUUACUUAAAUGUAAAGGUGAAACCCAGGAACCUGCAUUUGCAUCCAUUAGCUUGUUUAAGUGUAAGCAUGCAGUACUGUAUGUGCUUUUUUACAUUGUGUUGUGUUGCAUGAAUACGGUUUGAAUUUGUCAAAACAUACGUCAACUUUGUAAUUAUGUUGAUAUUAUUAUGCUGCCAAGAGAGGAUCCUGAGCACCUACUUUUUUAAGAUUUGCUUUUUUUUACUUUUGGGGGAAAAUAUUUGAAGGAGCAAAUAGUUUAUUAUGUUAAACUCACCUAUAUCUUAAAGUUUAUGUGUUACUCUUGAGUACAGAUUGUACAUUGUUACUAACCACUAGCGUACUAAGCUUCAUACUGUAGUGUUAUUUUAAUGAAGGUAUUCUCACUCUACUCUCUAAAGGGUUUUGUAUUUUAAUUCCCAAAUAACAAUUGUAAAUGGUAUUGUUCUUCUUCUUGUAGGUUGCAGCACUUAAUGUAUGUACGUCUGUUUUGCAUCACAAGUGCCUGGGAACUAUUUCAGGUCUCCGUUGAUGUUGUACAUUUUUGUUUUCAGCUUUUAGUAUGUCUUCUUUAUAGUUGUUUUUUUACUUUUAAAUAUUUUUUUCUAGUUUUUUUUUUAGUUAAAGCUUGGAAGGUGUACAACAACUAUGUGAAUGGGACUUUGUUACAGUAUCAACACUGUCCUGGUUUAAAAGGGUAAGAAGAGUAAAGGGAAGGGAAGUGCCUUCGUGAGGUACUUGGUGCAAUUAACAAAACGAUUCACCGCAGUGUCAAGUGUAUUGAUGUAGUCUGUUGUUAAGGAGACUGGACAUGAACUGGGAAGACAAAUUUUAAAUGCCUUUUAUGCUGCUCAGAACUGGGAAGGCUCUUAUCUCCUAGUUGGAAAAACAUCACCUGAGGAGCCACCCGACUCAGACGUCCAACACACUGUGAUUCGCAGUAUUAAAGAAUUAAUUUGACAUUUUGGAAAAUGCUUUUAUUUGUUUUCUUGCUGUGAGAUAGGUUAGAAGAUUGAUACCUCUGUCAUAAUUGUCCAAUAGCCAGAUAACCUACCCUAAACUAACCUUUACGCUAACCUAAGCUAACAGGCUUGGUCUGAUGGUAAUAAAAUCUUCCUACAAGCACCUCUAAAGUUCACAAAUGAACAUGUUAUAUCUUGUUUGUUUAAUCCAUAAGUGUAAAAACAACAAGUUGGGGUAAUGUACUGGACUAUUUCAUCUGUUACCCUUAGACAGAGCCAAUUAUAAGUCACAGCAAGAAAGCAAGUAAGAUCACUUCGCAAAAUGUUGAACUACUGCUUUACAGUAAAUGAAAAGCACCUCAUAUAAUCAUAAAUUUGUACAUUUGAAAGUCAUUUACAACAGUUGAUAUGUAUGCCACUUAGUAUUCAAAGAUACUAUGAUAUCACAUACAGUAGAUAUAGACAUACAGUAGAUGUGUCCAUAGCAUACAACAUAUGUCAUAAUGUUUUUCUCCCAGAGACUUCUUGAAGUCAAGGAACAGGUUGCAUGUUGAGUAAUAAGUUGAAAGAUAAAGUUCUCAGUUGCCCCGAAUGAAUUUGCACCAGCAAGAUAUUGAGUCACUAAUCUUGCUCUGGUUGGACCUGAUCUAUUUUUGUGACCACAAACUGACAGAUUAAGUGAGAAGUUAUACAAACUUUCAAUUUAAAUACGACUUUACUUUGGUAAGUUAGUAAGUGUAUCACUUCUUGACUGCUGCAGGAAGCAUUAUACUUCAUAAUAAUUAUUUUGGUUUGAUUGAUGCACUCAAUACUCCUGUUUACCAUAUAAUGACCUUCCCUUUUGUUCAUUGUACUAUAACUUCUUCAACACUACAUCUUCAUGUCAAAAACUGUGACUGAAGAUGGCCGUUUUUCCUUGGACAGUAUUUGUUUAGUUUGACAAAGAUGAAAGAUGUAGUUGAACUUGUACAGUAAACCCUACUGAAGGUGAACAUGUCAUGAUUUUGCACUUGAGAGUAACAAAUGCAAAUGAGGGUUUGAGGGUGGACUAAAAGACUAGAGACUGCCUUUGGAGGUUUAGAUCUUACAGAAAGCCCCUAGAAAUGUAGUUCAUAGUGACAAGACUGACAGUGUACGAGGACUGAAUUGUACAGAUGUUAGAAAUACUGAAUGUUCCUUGUAUACUAAUACAUAUACUGUACUAUACGUAAUGUGAAUUUGCAAAAUUCCUACAUCAGACAAGCAGUAAAACCAAUAAUAAAGCUUUUACAUCCA